AUGCUUUCACGGCAUACUCGCCUUUUUACUUGUUUUUUUUUUUGCCUCCUCUUCCCUGCUCUUGUGUCCUGCGGGGAACCCUGCGUUAUAGCAGCUAUCAAGGUGGAAAUGGAGCCACAGGGAAGAGUGGUGAUUAAAAUUGAUGACGCCGUCAAGAAGGCUGUGGAGGACGCAGUCAACACCGAGGUUCGCUCUGGGGCGGUUGGCCGAUAUUCGAACCCGUCGGCGUCCGGCCAUGCCACAUCUCACCCACUUGCCUUGACGACCUUUGACACCUCUUCCACGCUUCCGGAUUUUAUUCCACUGGUGGGCGUCGCAUGGCCAGAGCCGGUGAAGGCGGUCUGGAAGACCUUCAAGGCCAACUCCAUCGUUGGCCUCUUUCCGGAGCUCUCCAGGGCGUGGAUAACCGUAGACAAUAAACUUCUCGUAUGGAACUAUGGGACGGGGAGGGAUUUUUUUGUGUACGAUGAGAUACCAGAGCUUAUCGUGGCUGUAGGUAAUCCGGUUACACCCGCCGCUGGCGUCUUUCAGCCUCACAUUACACUUGUGUUCCCUGUGGCUACCCCGAAAACAAUUCAUCUUCUUGGGCUAUGUGUAGUGGGGGAUGAACCCGCAAAAAAAGCCGAACUCUGCGUGGUGAACCUUGGCUUCUCCGCAUUGGCCCCAACACUUGUCAUCAAGUUUGUUGGAUUUAAGGAUGCGGGACGUGUCUUUGCCGCUGGAGCAGACGGGUGUCUCUAUGAGCUGAAGUACACGAAGGAAAAUACCCCCUUGCUUCCGCGAGUUAGACUUAUUAACUAUUCUAUUAUGUUCGCUGGCAUUCCCAUUUUGAGCACGGUGAGUUCACUCAUGAGCAGCCUUAAGCAAACAUGGGCAAAGGAAAGACCUGCGUUGCGUGACGUUGCCCUGGAGGCGAAGCGCAAACUACUGUUUACCUUGGACGCCGAGAGCACAAUAGCAAUGUGGAGGAUAACAAGCGAUGGGCUGAAGCUUCUGUCUACAAUAAGGUACGGCCGGGACGCCUUCGAACGCUACCGUCACUCGGAGUCGCCCAUGGAUGAUGCCGCGAGCCUUGUAAAGAUAUUUUGUGUCUCACCGUACGACGAAAAUUGCUCCGUUGUCGUCAUUGCAUCCAGUGGAGAACAGUACCGAUAUGUCUGCCAGGAAGGAAUGUGGGAUCGUAUUGACGGGAGCCUCACCUUGCGGGAUCGGUCGCCCUCUUGCAUUCCGGCCAAUCGUGAGGUCAGCGUUUGCUUCGCCUCGGAUGGCGUUGCCAUCUUUUGCCACACCGAAAAGGAUGACGAGGGCGCUGCCUCGGAUUCUGUGGCUGUGACCACCUCCCCCAAGGCAGUUCUACCGCCGCACCACCACUGCCGCGAUAUCGUCGCCCACUUUGAUCCCGCAGCCUCACGUAUGGUGCGAGUAGACGCGAUUGGUGAAGUUCCUCUGAAGGAAAGUGUGAGCCCCAACGAGUUGUGUUCUCAGGUUUCUUGCUCCCCUAAGCAGUUUGUUUUUGCGCACCGUCAUGGCAUCUCGACCUUUAUGAAGCUACGUCCCGUGGACACCCUCCACAUGAUACUUUCAUUCUCUGGUCAUCAGACGCGUGACAAUCUGCUUCAGCGGUUUUCGUCGGUGCACAGCGCCAUGGACUACUGUUGUAUGCUUGUGCAAAUCGCUGUUGGAUGUACAAACGUGCCGGCCAUUGUAAACGGGCCAUAUAUUGAGCACGGCAUCGCCAACUCUCCCUUCUCGCAGAUGGAGACGCCGCAUGGGAAGUCACAAGGACCUCUUUCAAUGGAGAAGGUUGGCUCCCAACUGAUUAACGCGACUUCACAAGAAGCCCAACGUCUGGCCCGGGAAAUACUUCGUAAUGCGAUGAUGCCCAGCUGGCACGAGGGUCCAACCUCCGGCAGUGGCAGCAGACAAAUUGUGGUGCAGGUUUCGCCCUUUGCGUUGGGGGUUGCGGCGUAUAUUGGAAGGGCACUUUAUAACGUCUGGGAGAUGGCGAUGGGAAGUCUUCCGCUGCAGGAGUUGGCUGUCGUCGAAGUGGUGCUUUCAUCCUUGGUGCGCCUGUUGAACAGCCUGAAGAAGGAUGUGUGGUCGGAAAACCUGGUCCAGCCCUCUGUGCCAUUUCGCUGGGACCAGAGCAGGGUGACGCUGACGUUUCCUCCUCACAGCUCUUCUGUGUCCUCGUAUGAUCUUAAGAUGUUGCAGUCUGCCUUCUUGUACUCGGCCCACUCUCUCUGUGAGCGCGUACUGCAGACGAUAAAGUUUGCAAAACAAACAGGGUACCUUCCACUCUCUUCGGAUGACAGCAAGGUCAGCCUUGCACAAGUUGUGUGUGACCAAAGUGUCGCCCAUCGCCUGGCACGCUACAUUGGAAGAUUAGUUUUGUCCACUGAGAGCAAGGUUGGAGUUUCACAGCCGGACCGCAUUGGUCCAUUGACGCAGCUGCAACUUGAGUGUCCUUACUUUUUCAGCUCCAUUGAUGUUCAGGAGUACAGUGCAAGGAUUGAACUUGACCAGAUCCUUUCUUCAAGCAGUGAAAGCCUUCAUGCGUACUCAGAGAGUAAAAUGACGGAUUGGGAAUCCUCCGUCUCUCGCGUGGCUGCGUCGAUGUGGACUUCCGGGGCGCUACAGGGCAUCUUCCAACAACUCAAGGCACUUAAAAAGGAGGACACCGUUGUCAGGCUCCUCCUCCACGCCGCAAGUCAGCUGGACCCAAGCAAUGCGGCGUUUGAGAUUUAUCUCGCGGAACGAAACGGUAACAGAAGCCAGAGUUUCAGCUCUACGCUUAGUGCGGUGUAUCAGCAAAAGGUGAAGAUACUGACGGCGGUGGUCGGGACACUGGAGGAUGCCUGGAAUACGCACCGGAGUGUGGUAGACGACCUCCUUGGGGGGCCGCUGUCUUCGGGAUCUAUCUGGCAGAUUGAACCCUCCGAUGAGAUGGCGCACUGCUUCCUGUUUGAUUGGAUGUGUGUGCCACGUGAGGACGCAACCAUUACAUCUAUGCUCAAGGAGACGUUGUCCACGACGCGCUCUCCCUUCCUUGAGGCCUAUCUUCAACGCAACGCACAAACGCUUGGGGAACAGUACGCACACUACUUGCGAAGAACCAAGAAGAACUACAAGAAGGCUAUUGAAGUCUGCGCAGCGAUGGCACAGGCGCCACUGACAGAUAUUCCGCGCGAGGAACGCAUUCCAUACCGUCUCCGGUGCUGGUCUGAGGCACAGGAGUGCGCUGCUGAGUGCAACUCCGAUCAGUUAACUUUGCUGCAGGAGCGCGUCAAGCUAAUGGAGGCGCAACUCCAGCUGUCAAAGAUCAUUUGCGAGUUCAUUAAUAGUGGCCUUCCUCAGCUGGACCGACAGGUUUCUGUGAGUGGGCGGGCAUUGCUCACGGAGAGGCAAGUCGCAUUGGAGCAGUUGGAGCUUGUGGAUAAUUUCGCGCUAUCCACCAGCCAACUCCUUGAGGUUGCGGGUUUGUUUUGCGCAUUUGGUGGAGCCGAAGUACAACUGGACGUCUUGAGUGCGGCGAACGUCACAGACGCAUCGCUCUACGCCGCCUGUGUUGAACGGGCAUUUCAGCGAAGAAACACCACAGUUGAGGAAACAGCACGACGAAUCAUUGGCAAGUGCCGACAUUUGAUUGCUUUUCCUUUGAGCCACGUGGCCAAAAUACUCGAGGCCUAUGCGUUUCAGCAGUCACCUGACGGGUCCACUCUGACAGUAGACGUCCUCACCGACUGUGGGGUGGAACGCAACAUUGUCUUCUCUACGCUGGCGGCAAUUGUUGAUAAAAAGGAUACCGUUGGGCUUCCUUGCGAGGCAUUUGAUCGGUCUGGGGUGACGGAUGCCUUUCUGGUGCAUUCACUGGCUGUCGCCCUUCAUCGUGCGGUGUUCGCCCCCCAUCUUGGGACGAUGCAAUUGCACUUUCUGAGAAAUGCCCUUAACACCGUCCGUGAAGGCAUUAGUAGAUCUGCGUAUUUUCGCGGCGAUGAGAACAGCUGCCGAGCGCUAACUUCGGCGGAGCGAAUACUGGAGCAGUGCCACAUCGCCACCGGUCGGUUAAUUUCAAGCACUGGUUUCUAG